AUGUGUUCUUCUCAGGGUCUACUGACAUUCAUUGAUGUGGCUAUAGAGUUCUCUAAGGAGGAGUGGGAAUGUCUAAAUUCUGCUCAGAAGGCCUUGUACAGAGAUGUCAUGUUGGAGAAUUACAACAACCUGGUUUCUGUGGGUGUUGCACUUUCAAAACCAAGGAUAAUCAUCUGUCUUGAACAACAAAAAGAUCCCUGCAUUGUUGAUCAAGAGAAAACAGAAGGAAGAGAACCAGGUCAAAAAGGAGAAGGCACUCAGAAAGCCAAAGUAUUUACCCAGACACCAAAUAUUCAAGCUCACCAAAGCAUCCCUAAAAGAGACAAACCUUACAAAUGUAAAGAAUGUGGGACAUCUUUCUCCUGUUUCUCAAGGCUUAAAGUUCACCACAGAAACCAUACUGGAGACAAACCUUACAAAUGUAAUGAAUGUGGAAGAUCCUUCUCCCAUUCAUCAUGUCUUAGAGUUCACCACAGAAUCCAUACAGGAGACAAGCCUUACAAAUGUAAUAAGUGUGGUAAAUCAUUUAUACAGUCCUCAGAUCUUAAAAUUCACUACAGGAUCCAUACUGGAGACAAACCUUACAAAUGUAAUGAAUGUGGGAAAUCCUUCACACGUUCUUCAAGUCUAAGAGAUCACCAUAGAAUCCAUACAGGAGACAAACCUUACAAAUGUAAUAAGUGUGGUAAAUCAUUUACACGGUCCUCAAAACUUCAUGUUCACUACAGAAUCCAUACUAGUGAGAAACCUUACAAAUGUAAUGAAUGUGGGAAAUUCUUCACCCGUUCUUCAAAUUUAAAAGUUCACUACAGAAUCCAUACAGGAGAAAAACCUUACAAAUGUAAUAAGUGUGGUAAAUCAUUUACAGAUUCCUCACAAUUCCAUGUUCACUACCGAAUCCAUACUGGUGAGAAACCUUACAAAUGUAAUGAAUGUGGGAAAUCCUUCACCUGUUCCUCAAAGCUUCAAGUUCACCACAGAAUCCAUACAGGAGACAAACCUUACCAAUGUAAUGAAUGUGGGAGAUCCUUUGCCCGUUCCUCAGGUCUUAGAGUUCACCACAGAAUCCAUACAGGAGACAAGCCUUACAAAUGUAAUGAAUGUGGAAGAUCUUUCUCCCAUUCUUCAUGUCUUAGAGUUCACCACAGAAUCCAUACUGGAGACAAGCCUUACAAAUGUAAUGAAUGUGGGAAAUCCUUCACCCAUUCCUCAAGUCUUAGUGUUCACCAUAGAAUCCAUACAGGAGACAAACCUUACAAAUGUAAUAAGUGUGGUAAAUCAUUUACACGGUCUAUAAAUCUUAAGGAUCACUACAGAAUUCAUACUGGAGACAAACUUUACAAAUGUAAUGAAUGUGGGAAAUCCUUCACCCGUUCUUCAAAUCUUAAAGUUCACCACAGCACCCAUACAGGAGACAAACCUUACAAAUGUAAUUAGUGUAGAAAAUCAUUUACACAGUUCUCACAACUUCAUGUUCACUACAGAAUCCAUACUGGUGAGAAACCUUACAAAUGUACUGAAUGUGGGAAAUCCUUUAAAAGAUCCUCAGAUCUUAAAAUUCAAUAUAGAAUCCAUACUGGAGACAAACCUUACAAAUGUAAUGAAUGUGGGAAAUCCUUCAUCCGUUCUUCAAACCACAGCAUCCAUACACGAGACAAACCAUACAAAUGUAAUAAAUGUGGUGAAUCAUUUCUACAUUCAUCAAAACUUCAUGUUCACUACAGAAUUCAUACUGGUGAGAAAUCUUACAAAUGUAACAAAUGUGGCAAAUUCUUCACCACUUCUUCAAGUCUUAGAGUUCAUCACAGCAUCCAUACUGGAGAGAAAACUUACAAAUGUAAUGAAUGUGGUAAAUUACUUACCUGGUCACCAAAUAUUCAAGCUCACCAAAGCAUCCAUAAAGGAGACAAACCUUACAAAUGUAAAGAAUGUGGGAAAUCUUUCACCUGUUUCUCAAGGCUUAAAGUUCACCACAGAAACCAUACUGAAGACAAACCUUACAAAUGUAAUAAGUGUGGUAAAUCAUAUACACAGUCCUCAGAUCUUAAAAUUCACUACAGAAUCCAUACUGGAGACAAACCUUACAAAUGUAAUAAGUGUGGUAAAUCAUUUACACAGUCCUCACAACUUCAUGCUCACUACAGAAUCCAUACUGGUGAGAAACCUUACAAAUGUCAUGAAUGUGGGAAAUCCUUUACCUAUUCCUCAAAUCUUAGAGUUCACCAGAGAAUCCAUACAGGAGACAAACCUUACAAAUGUACUGAAUGUGGGAAGUCUUUCAACUGUUCUUCAAAUCUUAAAGUUCACCACAGCAUCCAUACUGGAGACAAACCUUACAAAUGCAGUGAAUGUGGAAAAUCUUUCGCCCAUUCCUCAAGUCUUAGAAAUCACCACAGAAUCCAAACAGGAGACAAGCUUUACAAAUGUAAGAAGUGUGGUAAAUCAUUUACACAGUCCUCAAAACUUCAUGUUCACUACAGAAUCCAUACUGGAGACAAACCUUACAAAUGUACUGAAUGUGGGAAGUCUUUCACCAGUUCUUCAUAUCUUAAAGUUCACCACAGCAUCCAUACUAGAGACAAAUCUUACAAAUGUACUGAAUGUGGAAAAUCUUUCGCCCAUUCGUCAAGUCUUAGAAUUCACCACAGAAUCCAUACAGGAGACAAACCUUACAAAUGUAAUAAGUGUGGUAAAUCAUUUACACAGUCCUCACAUCUUCAGACUCACUAUAGAAUUCAUACUGGUGAGAAACCUUACAAAUGUACUGAAUGUGGAAGAUCCUUCAAACAGUCCUCAGAUCUUAAAAUUCACUACAGAAUCCAUACUGGAGACAAACCUUACAAAUGUAAUAAGUGUGGUAAAUCAUUUACACAGUCCUCACAACUUCAGGCUCACUAUAGAAUUCAUACUGGAGACAAACCUUACAAAUGUACUGAAUGUGGGAAGUCUUUCACCCGCUCCUCAAAUCUUAAAGUUCACCACAGCAUCCAUACUGGAGACAAACCUUACAAAUGCAGUGAAUGUGGAAAAUCUUUCGCCCAUUCCUCAAGUCUUAGAAAUCACCACAGAAUCCAUACCGGAGACAAGCUUUACAAAUGUAAUAAGUGUGGUAAAUCAUUUACACAGUCCUCAAAACUUCAUGUUCACUACAGAAUCCAUACUGGAGUCAAACCUUACAAAUUCAAUGAAUGUGGGAAAUCCUUCACCCGUUCUUCCAGUCUUAGAGAUCACCACAGCAUCCAUAAUAGAGACACACCCUACAAAUGUAAAGGAUGUGGCAAAUCUUAUAUCUGGUGUUAAUCUCUCUAAGGUCAUCAAACAAUCCAUACUGGAAAGCAAUCUUAUAGGUAUAAUGAAUGCAGGAAGUCCUAUUCCUGUUCCUCAAAUUUUCAGUCUCACCAGAGAAUCCUUACAGAAGACAAACCUGAAAAAUAUGGUAACAGUGGACAUUUAUUUCCAAAGUCCUCAACUCUGCAGCCUCAUCACUGUAAUCCAUCUUGGAGACAAAACUUUCAAAUAUAG